CAGUUGGGAACCUAGGCUGUCGGGUUGGGUCAAAGGUUCGGUUUCUCCUAAUGCUGUUUACUUGGUGCUGAUGAAACUGCCCGCUGCAACUGCAAACAAGAAACGAGUAGUUAAAUGUGUUGUGUCUGAGGUGGCAUGUGCGUAUAUAUCCCAAAACCCUUGGUUUCCGUUAUCAUCUCUGAUCUCUAAUCCCUCAUCUCUCUAUAAAUCACUUUGUGAUUCUGAUCUAAUCUCUCUUUCUCUUUCUUUCAUCAAUGGAGAUUUUCUUUUAACUUGAUUGAAGUACUAGGUCUUUUUGGGGAUUUUCUUCCACGAAACAGGAAUUCUCUUUCUCUCUCGCUCGCUCGUUUUCUGAUUCUCUCUCUGCAGAUUUCUGUAUUCUCUUCUCUGGUGAACCCACGGCUUGUUUAUGGACUAUCGUCUCUCCUACAAAAGAAUCCCCAUUGCUGAAGCUUUGCCCGUUGUGGUGAAGUCUGGAGGGGAUUUUAAGUUUUUCUCCAAGAUCGGAUUUAGAUCUUCUCUUUCUUUUCGCAAUUUCAGCUUCCCUUCACAGAGAGGCGCUAAGUUCUGUGGUGCUCAGCAUUUCGGACUAAAUCGUGGAAAUAAGAGAGUUAGAACGGUGGUGGUUGCAGCUGCAAGUGCAGAAUCUAGUUAUUGUGAGUUUAGGAGUGUAGAUACGCCUCUUGAGCUUACUUCAUCUGCUGGGAAAUUUCUAAGUGAUAUAUUGCAGAACCAGAGACAUCUCUUCAAUGUUGCGGUGAAAGAGCAGCUAGACGAAUUGGCAUUUGAUAGGGAUGGAGCUGUUGGACGCAUGAACCUCAGUGUAGGUUCUUCCGAAUCGUGCCUUCACAGGAGAAUUGCAGAACUGAAAGAGUGUGUGUGUCAAAUAGCCAUUGAAGAUGUCAUGUACAUGUUAGUUGUUCACCAAUUCUCUAAGGUUGAAGUGCCCAUGGUCCCAAGGCUCUCUAGAUGCGUUAGAAAUGGCAAACUAGCGGUAUGGCCAUCCAAAGACAAGGAGUUCGAGGCCAUUCACAGUGAUGAACUCUUGGAGAUGGUAAGGGAACACGUUCGCACCAUUAUUGGGUGGAGAGGAAGAUUUAAUAUGACAGAUAAUUGGACCACGACUCAGAUUCACAAGCUCCAGCUUGGCCGGGUCUACGCUGCCUCCAUCUUGUAUGGUUACUUCCUUAAGUCUGCCUAUUUAAGACACCGACUGGAGUUGAGUCUCUCUCUUACGCACCUAGACCUUCCAAUUGGCCGUGGAAUACGAAUUCCAGUUACAGAGUUGCAACUCCAUGGAUCAGAGGAUCACGUUCUCUUCGGCCGCUCGGCUGAAACAAUAUCCACCUCUCUGUAUCAAAGGUUAGGGAGGCAUGUAGAUAGACAUGAGAAUCUAAAAAGUUAUGUCAUGAAGUUUGACCCUGAGACGUUGCAGAGGUGUGCGAGACUGAAGUCGCGGGAAGCAGUGAAUCUGAUCGAGAAGCAUAGUUGGGCACUCUUUGGGGAUGGGAACACAAGUUCCCUUGAGAAAGAUGAAGUUAUUGUUGUCACGUUUUCUAGCCUGAAGAGAUUGGUUCUGGAGGCUGUUGCUUUUGGUUCGUUUCUUUGGGAUGCUGAAAGAUUUGUUGACAGUGUGUACAAAUUGAAAGAGAACUAAUUAUGUUACAAGUUUUACUGCAAAUGAGAAAGCUAUUUCUAACAUUCUAUUAGCAA